GCCAUCCCUCCCACUUCGCCGGUCGACCAGUCGGCGGGGUGAGACGGCAAUCUCUUCAUCUCUUCAUUUAAAACAACAGGACAUAUCAUCGAGCACGUCGCGGUGUUGCCUCCUUCCUCCGCUCUCGGGCCGUUGCCCACCGAAAUGGCCGUCGCCCUGUCCCUCCCCUUACCCCCGUCCCCGGCACGUCGGCGCAGGCCGCUGCCGGGGCCGCAACGGGCCUCUCGGCAGAGACUCCGCUCAGCACUCAUCGAGGCCCGGCCCGUCCCCGCGGCCAAGACUAAGGGCGGGGGCAGCGCAGGAAGAGGGCAUUACGCCAUGGAGCUCGCGGUGGAGACGCAGGCGCCCGCCGCUCCUCUCUCCAUCAUUUCCACAGAUCGCACCGUUGACAUGCAAGCUGAGGUGCGAGCCUUGGCACGCGCCGCCAAUGCCACCGUCUAUAGCCCCCAGGUCCUCGCAGCCAAAUAUGCCUCUCGACCCCUCAAGGUGCUGUUGAGGAUGAUGGAGAUCAUCACAGCGUUGGGCACCUUCGCGUUGAAGCUAUCCGUGGACCAGCGGCGAGGGCAGCUCGACCAGCGGAAGCGGCAGAGGGCGGUGGAACUGACGAAAACCCUGACGCGAUUGGGACCGACAUUCGUGAAGAUUGGGCAGGGCCUGUCCACCCGACCGGACAUCUGCCCACCCGAAUAUCUGGAGGAGCUCGCCGAAUUACAGGAUGCGCUCCCGACGUUUCCGAAUGAGGAAGCAUUUGCUUGCAUCGAGAGGGAGCUAGGUAUGCCUCUCGAUUCCCUUUACUCGGCCAUAUCGGCAGAGCCGAUUGCGGCUGCGAGUCUAGGCCAGGUCUACAAGGCUCAGCUUAAGUGCUCAGGCCAGGUUGUCGCCAUUAAGGUGCAAAGGCCAGGGAUUGAAGAAGCAAUUGGGUUGGAUUUUUAUCUUCUGAGAGGUAUAGGUUUUCUGAUAAAUAAGCACGUUGAUUUCAUCUCCACCAAUGUCGUUGCUCUAAUUGAUGAGUUUGCCAAAAGGGUUUACCAGGAGCUUAAUUAUGUUCAGGAAGGCCAGAAUGCACGGAGAUUUAAGAAGUUAUAUGCUGACAAGAAAGAAGUCCUUGUGCCAGAUAUAUAUUGGGAUUACACUAGUGCAAAGGUGCUGACGAUGGAUUGGGUGAAUGGGGUUAAGCUUAGUGAGCAAGAAGCCAUCGAGAAGCAAGGUUUGAAGAUGUUGGACUUGGUUAAUGUUGGUGUCCAAUGUAGCUUAAGGCAAUUGCUUGAAUAUGGGUUCUUUCAUGCUGACCCUCAUCCUGGUAAUCUCCUAGCAACACCAGAGGGAAAACUUGCUUUUAUUGAUUUUGGUAUGAUGAGCGAAACACCAGAGGAAGCAAGAUCUGCUAUUAUUGGUCAUGUAGUUCACAUGGUUAAUCGGGAUUAUGAUGCCAUGGCACGUGAUUACUAUGCAUUGAAUUUUCUAACAUGUGAUGUAGAUGUAUCUCCAAUUGUCCCAGCUCUUAGGAAUUUCUUUGAUGAUGCACUCAAUUCAACCGUAAGUGAGCUCAACUUUAAGACCAUUGUGGAUGGUCUAGGAAAUGUUUUAUACCAAUAUCCCUUUAACGUUCCAGCGUAUUAUGCGCUAAUAUUGAGGUCACUCACAGUGCUAGAAGGUCUAGCCCUUUAUGCUGAUCCAAACUUUAAGGUGCUUGCUGCCUCAUAUCCAUAUUUUGCUAAAAGACUUCUUACUGAUCCAAAUCCAUAUCUUAGAGAUGCUCUCAUUGAUCUAUUGUUCAAAGAUGGCAGAUUCAGGUGGAAUAGGCUUGAGAACCUUCUUGUUCAAGGACGAAAGGAUAAAGAUUUUACUACUAAAGAAGCUUUGCAACCUGUUUUGAAGCUAUUACUGGGUCCUGAUGGUGAAGAGUUACGAGUUCUUCUUGUGAAAGAGGCUGUUUGUGUCACUGAAGCUAUUGUCUUGGGUACGAUGAUUGAUGCAUAUAAAUCCAUACCUGACUUCAUGAAGGGCCUGAUCAAUAAUGGCAAUACAAGUGGACCUUUUAAGCUUAGUGAUGGCGAACAAGCACGGAUGCUAGAGCUUCGAGAUAGAGUAUUAAGAAUAUGGAGCCUAUUGAGAUCGUCAGAUGACUUUGAUCCAAGCCUUUUGCAACCAAUUUUGCAGGUUCUGGAAGAACCAGAAGCUCGCAACCUUGGUGGUCGUGUGUUUGGAGGAAUUACACAACGCCUGGCAGCUCGACUGCUACAACAAGUCCUCAGAUAUCCUACCACCACUUCUGUUCCUCGAUAGAAGUUACCAGCUUAAGCAGUGGGAGACGAUUCACAUGGUCACAUUUAGGUGGGGGCUCCAUGCGUGCAUGGGGAAGGACAAAAGUGUCGGUGAGCAUGAAGAGAAAUUGGGUACGUCAAAACUAGAAUGAAAAUUGACUUUUUGAGAUCUGGCACAUUUAUUUACUAUUGUUGGUCAGAACCCCUUGGACCCACGUGCCUAUGCUGAAUUUAGAUGACCACUCGUACUUUGACCAUGGAUUUGUGCCACCGACAAGCCUUUGACAAUGAAUUCAGAUAUUAUUUGGGCGAAA